ACCACCAUGACACACACCUCAUACUGAAUCCCUGCUGCGUCACUACAAGUGCUGCAUGCUUAUACAUCCUUAUUACAUUCAUGAGGAUCCUUGUUUUAUAGUAUCUGUACUAUAUUUUACUGUUCUUUUUAGGAUUUGUUAUUUUAUCAUCCUGUUUAUGUCGCAGAGUACGUUGUGUGGUGUUUUAAGCUACUGGGACCUUGAAUUUCCCUUAAUUGGGAAUCAGUGAAGUAUAUAUCUAUCUAUCUAUCUAUCUUUCUAUAUUCAUCUGUAGUGUUCCAUUCAAUACUGAAAGUCUUGAAAAGCGUAGGCUGACGUCACAAGUGAGCGUGUUUCUUUCCGCCGAGUCAAGUUGUCGCUGGUCUGCUUAUUUUGUUUGUUUAGCCUACCAUUGCCUUUGAGGAUGGAACUUUAUUGUGUAAAAACCCUGUUCUUUGUUCUUUCCCCGAAUCUUUUCUCAUAUGAGCCCAUUUUCUUCCCCGUUAACCAUGUUUACCUGCUUUUGUUCCGCAGGUAGUAUAUAAAACCCCAAGACUUUGCCAGCACAGCCAUGCCACCAUGUAUAACUCUCUGAUCAUUGCGAGCCUUGUCUACCUAGCCACACCUGCAGUGAAUGGCCAGCACAUUGUGCAGCCAUAUCGCGUAGUGGCGACUGAAGGCCAGGCGACGAUAGAGUGCCGUUACGCCUCCCCUCCCCGCCACCAGCCCCAGGAGCUCCAUGUGACGCUGCUCAAGGGUCUCUAUGGCGACGCCACCGUAUGCAGCGACUACCUGAACUCCACCGCCCGCAGGAAACAGACGCCGGAGCCCAACGCUUGCGUAAUCACGCUGAGCGAGAGGGGCGUCAACGUGACUGUCGCCAAACUGAAGGGAGUCGACACUGACAUGUACCGCUGUAUGGUCAAGGUGCUGAUGCCCCCGCCCUACCUGGUGAAGCGAGGGAAUGGCACCCUGGUGUACGUCCCAGGUGAGAGAGAAACUGAGAUGCUCAAUGACAGAGAUGCAGUACCAAGCCCCGACACUGGAUCAGGGGACAACGGAGACUACAAAAGAGGGGCAGGGCCUAAGGGUGACCUGUGUGGCACUCCAUCUCCCCCUGGUGGUGGCCAUUGGGAUUCUGAUUCUGGGAGUCUGCGUCAUCACCAUCACCAUCUGCCAGGUCAAGAGGAUUACGACACGAUUAGGUGAAAUGGUGGAGGCAUCCUCAGGAUUACGACACGAAUAGGUGACAUGGUGGAGGCAUCCUCAGGUUAUUUACCUCAGGGCAAGAGGCUUACAACAGGAACAGGUGACAUGGAAGCACCCAGCCACUGACAGCCAGAGUAACACCAAAGACCAUCGACUGACUUCAAGAGAAAAUAUGAUUAUUUAAUUGUAUUAUUUAUAAAUUAUGUGUUUACAGAUAAAUUAAUAUAAAAUCAAAAUCUAAGAUGUUAUAUGUUAUUCAUGUUACUGUGAUUUAAUGUCAGAUAUUAUAUAUCACUUUGCACUGAAUCAGUUAUUUUGUAGGAUGUAGCAUCUGUGCUCUGUAGGUGAGUAGUAAAACGCUUCUAAACGUUUCUAAGU